AAAAGAGCCGCCGCUGGCGCUGAAGGGGCAUGUUCCUCUCUCUCGGUCCCAAAAGCUACCAACUCCCUUUUGCCUUCUCAAUCCCAAAAACGGAAUCGAAUCAGUUUUCUAAAUUGAGUUCAAAUUCAAUCACAAAAUGUAUCUAAUACAUGUAUCUGGGCACAUGCAUUUCUCUUUCUGCUGCUUUAAAAUCCCUCUCUUUCUCUUCUGUGAUUGCUUUCCUGAUUCAUGGCUUUAGUCGAUAAGCUUAGCUCUCUGUCUUUUCUCUCUUCACGCCAUACCCUCAAAGCCAAUUCCUUAAUCCCAUCUCCCAUUUGUUCUUUACAAUGCAAAAGCUCUUCUUUUUCUUCCCCUUUCACAGAGAAGCACUCUGCAGAGAGGUACCGACGAGACCAGUGGGUUUACAAUAACCAACCGGAGCAGCAAUUGCAGCUCCAAUCGUGUUGUCUUGCAUCUGACACUGAAUCGGUUAGGGAAAAUGACAUAGCUUUGCAGUUGCCAGAGCUGAAGAAGUUGUUACAGGUGCUUAAAGAGAAAAGAGAGAAAGAUUGUGUUGGUGGCGAUGGGGAUGGGAAGUGUGGACCGGGUAAUGUGUUUUUGGUAGGGACAGGACCUGGGGACCCAGAGCUGUUGACUCUGAAGGCAGUGAGGGUGAUAAAGAGUGCUGAGUUGUUGUUGUAUGAUCGAUUGGUGUCUAAUGAUGUAUUGGAUUUGGUUAGUCCGGAUGCUAGAUUGCUCUACGUUGGCAAAACUGCUGGCUACCACAGCAGAACCCAGGAGGAGAUACACGAGUUACUUCUAAGUUUCGCCGAAGCAGGGGCAACUGUUGUGAGACUUAAAGGAGGGGAUCCCCUGGUGUUUGGGAGGGGUGGAGAAGAGAUGGACUUUCUGCAACAGCAGGGGAUUCAAGUGAAAAUUAUUCCAGGUAUUACUGCAUCUUCUGGAAUAGCAGCAGAGCUUGGGAUUCCAUUAACCCAUCGAGGUGUGGCAACUAGUGUUAGAUUUCUCACUGGACACUCAAGAAAAGGAGGAAAAGAUCCUCUAUUUGUAGCAGAGAGUGCAGCUGACCCUGACUCUACCUUGGUUGUUUAUAUGGGCUUAUCAACACUCCCUUCUCUUGCACUAAAGUUGAUGCAGCAUGGCCUGCCACCAGAUACCCCAGCUGCAGCAGUCGAGCGAGGAACAACUCCUCAACAGCGAACGGUUUUUGCGGAACUUAAGGAUCUUGCUGACGAGAUUGCAUCAGCAGAGUUAGUAUCACCAACGCUCAUAAUCAUUGGAAAUGUUGUUGCACUUUCACCAUUUUGGCCACAAUCGUCAGAAGCAGCAUCAUCCUGUUUAGUAAAUGCUCAAUAGAAGAUAAUAAGUCGUGACUUGACAAAUUCAACAGUGGAGGAUCAGCAGCUUAAGGUUUUGACUUCUGCUUGCUGAUCUAGGCACAUCUUGUCCGAAUAAAUGUUGCUUCAGUUUCUUGGUUUCGUAUUUGAGCCCAAUAUGAGCUGCGGCAGAACAAGCAGGACUUGGUUAUGGUAUCAUUUGAUCGGUUGCUUUUCCUGUUCAAGCGCGACAAUAUAGUUGAAGAUUAGAGCACUUUGUAGUUCAAUUUCUCUAGGCGCGGAGAUGAUAGGUGGAUGGUAUUCUUUUAAGUUAAAGCUUGAAGCUUUUUGACUUGAACCAAUUUUAUAGCAUGGAUUAUAACUGAUUUUUUGAUUUAUUACUAUAUCAUAGCCAACAGGGGAGGAGAUGACCAGAUCCUGUUACUGUCCUCCUCCCCUUCCUCAGA